GCGAUUGGUAUUUCCAAAAAAUCCCCCGGGGGGUAGAGAACGGAAUUUGCUCAAAGCUACGGUAAUUCUCCCUAUAUUGCCCGACAAAAUCCCCACAUACCGCGGGGGGUGGUGGUGGAAACAACUGACUAGUGCAUUAUUCGAUCGAAUAACAAGUACAUAUAAGGACAAAGACCGUCUGGAGUUGAUUCAGCGAAGCUGUAGACUGAAAAUGGCAAACGAACAACCUCAUGGAAGACGCAAACCCCAGAUCAAGAAAGAAGAUUUGUACAUGUUGAUGGCCUUGUGGAUGGAACAAUCUCCAUGGGCCAUGACGAUAACGGAUAAAGAAAGAGUUGUGGGCGCAGUGUUCGUUCAACCAAACGAUCGAGUUCUUUCUGUUGAUUGUAGCAGAAGUAAUGAUGGUGGUAUCGUACAUGGUGUGAUCAGAGCGCUACUCAAGUACCCAGAUCAAGUYGAAGGUUGCUACGUUUAUUUGUCAAGACAGCCGUGCGCUCACUGCGUAAAGAUGCUUGUUCAAGCAGCCGUCAAGAAAGUGUUCUACCUGCCUUUGAAGCCUGAGAAAGAUGAGGAAAAAGAAAACCAGAGUGUUGAUGCAUUAUUUAAAGUAAGCCCAGUAAGCAGAGAAGUCUAURUUCCAAACAUCACCGAGGGUGAUUUAAGAGAACUCAAAUCGGCGAAAGAAAAAAAUCUAUAUGGCACAAGGAAUUUAGCCGAAGACGAAAGCGUCGCAUCAAAGGUGGAAUGGGACGAGCAAUGGAAGGAAGAAAUCGUAGCUAAGAUUGGUUGAGAUGAAUACUCCGAUACAGAAAUCAAAAAACAGGUAGACGAUGAUAUGAAAUUUUUUUUCGAAUGGUUUGAUAAGGGAAUCCUGGAAACAGGAGAGAAAGAGAUGAAUUUUAAAGUACGAGGAAGCAAGACCACCCCAGAACCGGCUGUGACUCAAAAGGUUGUCAACCACUUGUCACGCCUUGCUCAAAUGCUGUCCAACCGAACAGACGACCCAAACAGAGGCGUUGGCUGUGUCAUCAUCAUUGACGAAGAGAUUGUCGCAAUCGGCUGGAAUGGCUUCCCUGCCAAGGCACUGUACGGUAACCAUCCCCGUCAAGGAAAGUCUGCAGUCGGAGGGCGUGAUAAGUACCCACACGUAAUUCACGCUGAACAGAAUGCCUUGAUGCGCAGAAACAGAGGAAAUAUUGACGGCGCGACUGCAUUUGUCAACAAAAUACCAUGUAGCGAAUGCUUGCCAAUGUUGCGCUAUGUUGAAGUAAAAACACUCUAUCUUUCAAAAAAAGCUUUCGACAACGAGGAUAAUCCGCCGGAGUCCGAGGCCAACUUUUAUGAGUGGAAACACAAUUUAACCGUCUACAAACAAGAUUGAGAAACUAUUCUUCAACGAGCAAAGUAUGGGAUAUCAUAGACUAUAAAGAGAAGAAAGAAAUUGAUCAAAGGGACUUUAGGACGUGUCCAGACUGCAUGCAAGACAAGACAGACGUCUAAUCCUCGUAAAUAUCUCUGUUAAUCAGUGUAAAGAAGCUUAUCCAACCGGUUGACUGAAAUUUUUUAGUAUACUAAAGUGAUUUUAGUCUGACUACUGUGGAAU